AUGGGGGCCACGACGAGUCGGCACAUCGCCGCGUACUGUGAACAGGGAGACGUGACCUCUCUUCAGGCAAACUACUGGAGGUAUAAGCCUGGAUCUCACAAAGACCCAGUCACGCACAAUCGCGGCAAUGCAUUGCACUUCGUCUGCGAAGGCCGGUGUCCGGUGACUGUCACCCACUGCCUUCUGGACAGACUUCACUUCAACCAAGCAGAUGGGAACGGCAACGGCGAGCUGGCUCUGGAGAUUGCAGCGAAGCAUGGAGCGCGGGUGCAUUUGACUGCUCUGCUUGGCGAGGCACAUGCUGCUGAAGAAGGGCGCAAGCAGAAUCUCAAGAGCGCCAUCAUGAAAAGGGUUGGGCAAGGAAACGGAGACACGAUCCUGAUUCAACUGGCUGAAGCUGGCAAGGUCGACCUCCUGCGCGAAGUCCUCACGACAGUUUCAGCACUUCUCUCCCUCGAAGAGCUUCAUGAUCUCAUUCACGACCCAAACGUCAACGGGGAUACCGUGCUCGAUAUUCUGUUUGCUCGACAAACACCCUCCGCUGCCGCACAGAUCCUUGGCGCACUCCCAAACGAUCGUGGCUUGUACACAACAGACCCAAGCGCUUUUCAGGAGGUGUUCGAGAUGCUUGAGGCUUCAGGCGAUCUUGAACACUUCCCACGCUUCGUGCAGCAGAAAAUCUCGGAUAGCGAGCUGGAUAGCCUGAGCAACACAGACCUCGACAACCUCGAUCUUCCCCAAGGCUCCAAGCUACUCAAUGACAUUCUCAGUGACAUCCUGCGGCAUCGACGGCAACAGCCCAACUCACGGCUCAGUUUGCAGCAGCCCCAACGCUGGCUGCUGUUACAUGGCCCACAUGGGACAGGCAAGACCGCCAUCGCACACGCACUUGCCAACAGCGCAGGUCUGCCCUUCGCUGCGCUCAACAUGGAGGGCGUUGAUGGCUAUCUUGGACACAGCCGCGCCCACGUGCUUGAGGCCUUGCUGACUGCGGCCUCCGAUCUGGCGUGCAAACCUACAGACAACGUCACGCCUGGCUGCGCGGUCGUUGUGUUGGAGCAUCUCGAAGCCAUCGCAGGGCACAACAGCGCCACGGAUGCCAUCGUUGACUUGCUGCAUGCCGAUAGGUGGCCUAACCUCAUAUUGAUCGCAACUGCCGACACUAUUGGCUCUUUGAAUGCCCAAGUUCGGCGGACGUUCGCCAUGCCAAUGUUUUGUCUUCCACCAAACAAGGACAGUCGACGAAGGCUCAUCACCCUGCAAUUGAGCAACCACAGGACUGGUGUGAGUGACGUCACUCUUCUUCGUCACCUCGUCAGAGAAACGCGCUUGAUGACUGUGCCGGACGUCAUUCAGGCUGCGACAAAUGCUGCUUCGAUAGCGCGGGCUCGGGUCAGCGCCGACGACGUCAGCGUGCCGGCGACACUGAACUGGGAUGAUGUCAGAAACGCACUCGCGCCUCUUCGCCGGUUGUCGGACGACCAGAUGCGUGCAUACGUCGAGGAUGCAUGCAGGUUCCAUCCAUCUGUCCAUCAGUGGCUCAAGGACAGCGCAGCGUUGGAGCCACCCACUUCACGAGCCAGGGCCAUGUGGGAGGAGAUUAGCCAGUGGUUGUCCGAGGAAACGCUUGAGCAGUUCUUUGAAGGGUUCAUGGGUUGA